AUGAAGGUACAUCAGGUUUUUGUUACGCUGUGCGCAAUCAUCAGCUUAGCUUCAGCCACAGCAGAGUUCAAUAGAGCGUUCAGCUCCCUUAGAAAGCGUGCUCUGCCGAGUCUCACGGCUAGCACUACUGCAUCUUCUACAAGAAAUUCUAGCUUACCUGCGAUAACAUCUUCGGCAGCGGCUGAUUCCGCAAGUCUUUCUUCGAGCAAUUCAACAACCUCGGCAUCGAACACAACAUCAUCCUACAUUCCAACAUUCACGCCCCAAGUACCCGAUUCUACAGGCAAUCAUUACAUUUUCCGCACCAAGUAUCAUAAUGGCACAGUUUUCGUUGCUGUAGGUGCAACCAUGGGUGCUAUCGUGUCAGCGUUCGGAUUAGCCUGGCUCAUCCUUGCAGCCAAAGCUUGGAGCAGUGCGCGCAGAGAACACCGCAUACAUUCCCUGCGAAGCCGUUAUCAGUCUGAUCCCUUCCUCUUCCACUCUGGAGAUGCGGACUCUAAUUAUUCAAAUGGUUCUGAUAGCAGUGAUAUCUCAGAGCAGGUGCUCAAGACAAGGGCAACUACACGUCCUAGUAUUUACUCAUUAGGAUCCCACUCAACAAUAGAUCUACUCCAAAGAUGCGCGCAAGAUGGGCCCCUGAUAUCCGAGGCCAAUAAAGAGUCGAUGUUUAUAUCUCCCACUGCGGUAAUCAAGAACACUGCUAAUAACAAAAGCGCGUUAUCUCAAGGCACUCCAACUUCGGACACCUUUAACACCACACCCGUGCAGGGCGCAGAUGUGGUGAACUUUUAUGGCUCUUACUAUCAUCCAUCGCACGCGGCAGAGGCGCAAGCUCACGAAACGGGAAGAACAAGACCCCCCAGUGUUCAUCUUGAGAAAAUGUUUGACGAAAAUAGAUAA